GCCUGCAGCUCAUUUCCUGAUUGGAUGCCUGGAAGCCGCGUGCACACACGCACAGACACCCAGCUGAAAGCAGUCCUUUCUGAGGUGCGUGUCCGCUGCCUGUCACCUUUCCCACAGCAACAUGUUUAUUUAACCUGUGUCCACGCGGAAACACAAUUAUGGAAUUAUUGAAUCGAUACCUGGAUAGGAGUAAUUCAGUCAGCUCUGUCUUAACCCAAGAGAUUAUCAAGGAGGAGACCCUGAGAGAUGACCUGAAGUUUUACUUCAUGAGCCCAUGUGAGAAGUACAGGGCACGACAACAUUUACCCUGGAAGCUUGGGGUGCAGAUACUGAAAAUUGUGAUGAUCACCACGCAACUCAUUCUGUUUGGCCUCAACAACCAGCUAGUGGUGUCCUACAAAGAGGAGAACACAAUGGCUCUGAAAAACCUUUUCUUAAAGGACUACAGCGGAGUGGAUGAGGACGACUACUGUGUUGCAGUCUACACACAGCAUGACGUCUACGACAGUCUGUUUUAUGUCCUUGAUCAGUACAGCCAGUUGGGUCGCCUUACUGUGGGACCCAUAAGUUAUGCUGAAGAUGACGAUGGCAAGCUGCUUCCUUUGACCAUUUGUAAGGAGCACUACAAGAGAGGCACCGUGGAGCCCUCAGAUGAAGCCUUUGACAUAGACGCUCAACUGGAAACAGUUUGCAUGUCCCAUGAUCCAAAGACUGCAAACCAAUGGAAAACCCAGAAUUCAUCCUUUUUUGAUCUGGAUUUUUACAGGCUUGUUGACAUUAAAUUAACCUUCCAGCUGAAAGGAAUCAACCUUCAGACGGUGCGUUCUCGAGAGUUACCCGACUGCUACUCCUUCUACGUUACGAUAACAUUUGAUAACCAGUGUCACAGUGGAAAGGUGAAGAUCUUCUUGGACACUGACUCUCAGAGCAGUGCAUGUCGAGACUGGAAGAUAUCUGGGACAGCUCAGAAGAACACACACUAUCUUCUGGUGUUUGAUGGCUUCGUCAUCCUCGUAUGCCUGACAUCGGCUGUGCUCUGCACCCGCUCCAUCGUGCUGGCUGUCAGGUUACUCCAGAGAUUUUCCAGAUUCCUGCAUGAGAACUACAAUCGUAAAGUCUGUGAAGACGACCAGGGCGAGUUUCUAAAUGGCUGGUAUGUGCUGGUCAUUGUCAGCGAUCUCUUGGCCAUAGUUGGAUCCAUACUGAAAAUGGAAAUACAAGCAAAGAGUCUGACCAGUUAUGACGUGUGCAGUAUCUUCUUGGGAACGUCGACAUUAGUGGUGUGGGUCUGUGUGAUCAGAUACUUGGGAUACUUCCAGAAAUACAAUGUGUUAAUUCUAACCAUGAAAGCAGCCUUCCCCAAAGUCCUUCGUUUCUGCUGCUGUGCCGGCAUGAUCUACCUUGGCUACACCUUCUGUGGCUGGAUCGUACUAGGACCUUACCAUGAGAAGUUUGAGGGGCUGAGUCGUGUAGCGGAGUGCCUGUUCUCUCUGCUGAACGGUGACGACAUGUUCACCACCUUUGCCCAGCUGAAGGACAAAAACACUCUGGUGUGGCUCUUCAGCAGGGCUUACCUCUACUCCUUCAUCUCGCUGUUCAUCUACAUGGUGCUGUCGCUGUUCAUCGCCCUCAUCACUGAUGCCUACGAGACCAUUAAGAGCUAUCAGAAGGAAGGAUUCCCUUUGACAGACCUACAUAAGUUCCUCAGGGAGCAGAAUAACUUAACUGUUCCAGAGGAGAGCAGCCAGACAGACGUCAAACUCCGAUACCCCGUGUUCUGCUGCUGCCAAAGAGCUCCUGAAAAUGAUGACGUCAUAUUGAUUAGCUGACAGCUGUCCGGUCUGCAGAUGAGACGACUCAGGGAGGAGGAGGAGGAGGAUGCUGAGAACAGGAUUUCACACGUCUGAUACAGACUUUGAACUUCAACUGUUCCACUUCAUAUUCCUGGAAAGUAGAGAUUGACUGUCCCAGCUGAUUCUGUAAAGUGCAAUAUGAACACCAAGCAUGUUCCCUCUCUUGAACAUGAAACUGGAACUCAAGCAUAUGAGUUGGUACUGGGGGAAAAAAGAGGUUUCUUGCCAGUUUGUAUUGGAGUUCAGGGUGCUGGUGAGCAGUUUACUUGGCCUUUUUAAGGUUUGCACAUGCAGUCAGUCACCAAAGAGCUUAAAUCAGUGUUUCUUGUAUUUGGUCUUCAAUGGAGAAGCUGCUGCCAUGAAUCUUUAUGCAGUGCUAUGUAAUUUAUUUGUCAUGUGUUGUAAAAACAGAAGUAAAGCAAAUAUUUUCAUGUGUCUAUCGUCAGACCACGUUCCGUGUCUUUGUGCACGUUCAACUUUUCUUUCAAAAUGUAAUCAUAAGGAAGCUGUAGACUAAUUGAUUUUGAUGUGAACUUUUUUGUUACAUGAAAGUGCAACAGAUUUCUUCUGUGCUCAUUAAAAACUAACCUGCUUGACAAGGCUUUCCUGAA